UGUCUUCUCAAAGCUACGCACCAAAUCCCACAUAUAGCUCUAGCAACCAAAGAUCAAGUACUACGUACUACUGCUCUGUCUCACUCUUCGAUCUCUUCAAAUAUGGCUGCAACUGGCGUUGUGAAAGCCGGAUACUGGAACUGCGGAAGCGCAUUCCUGGUGUCCGACAUAAAAUCCUCACUUUUCACCCAUCUUUUUGCCGCCUUUGCGGAUGUCAACUCUAGCUACCAAGUUACCUUUCCUACCCUAUACAAGCUCCAGUUCGAAAGCUUCACCCAAACUGUGCAAAUAAAAAACCCUGGAGUUAAAACCCUUUUAUCCAUCGGUGGUGGAGCCUCUGGUGUAGCUUCGACCUUAGCUUCAAUGGCUAGCAAGCAAGAAAACCGUAAAAUAUUCAUAGAUUCCUCCAUAACUCUAGCCAGGGAUAACAACUUCCAUGGUCUUUGCCUCAGCUGGUUGUACCCCUCCACGACCUCGGAAAUGACCAACCUCGAGUCCCUUCUGAAGGAAUGGCGAGCAGCGGUGGACGACGAGGCCAAGAAGACCAGCAAAUGUCCGUUGCUUCUAACGGCAGAGGUAUUUUACUCGUCAGCAAUAGCCUCGGCGAGUUAUCCCUGCAAGACUAUUUCAAACAUGUUGGACUGGAUCAACGUAUUGGCCAUUAACUUCUAUAGCCCCGGUUCGUCACCCACGGAGACUGCACCCCCUGCUGCGUUGAAAAACAAGAAAAACGGAUCACUUUGCGUUGACGCAAGCAUAAAAAGCUGGAUUAAUGCAGGUUUGAAAGCUAAGCAAAUAGCCCUAUGCCUUCCGUUUGUUGGCUGGGCAUGGACUCUGACAAAUGCAUUGCAGCAUGAUCUAUUUGCACCAGCUGUGGGACCGGCUGUUUCUGUAGAUGGAUCCGUUUCUUUUGCCCAAGUGAAGGUAUUCAUAACCGACCAAAAGGCCACAACAGGGUAUAAUGACACCUACUCCACAAACUAUUGCUACGCUGGUGUUACUUGGAUUGGUUACGAUGAUUUGCAAAGUGUAACCGAUAAGGUUAUAUAUGCACGUAAGGAUCAACAACUGCUCGGUUACUUUGCAUGGCACGUGGGCGCCGACAAUAAUUGGUCUCUUUCUCAGAGAGCUUUCGAUACAUGGGAUAAAUGAUCAUGUGCUACUUAUAAGUACUGAAGGUGUGGCAGCUGCCGGAGUACCAAUAAUAAUCAACGUACAACGUACAAGGCGUGCAUGCAUGGAAUCAUAUAUAUAUGGUGUGCUCGUAAUAUAUAUAUAGACGCUUUUAUUCUCAACAAUAAGGUCAACCUUAUGGCUCAUGAUGGUGUGACAUAUAUAUAUAUGUUGUGUUAUGUGUGUUAGAAGCUUGUGUUAUCAUCAGUACUAUGCAUGGCUAAUAAUAUUAAAUAUGUUUGCUUU